CAGGACGCCGCUGCUGCUGCUGCUUGGUGUGCAGGGGCUACUCGUCGCUGGGACAGAGGGACAGAGCUCCAACUGUCCUACUUCACCAUCUUCAGCCAUGGCAGAGAACUCGGACAAAGUUCCUAUCACCAUAGUAGGACCUGAUGACAUUGAGUUUUGCAGUCCUCCAGCAUAUGCCACCGUGACCGUGAAACCCUCUGGCUCUACGCGUCUGCUCAAGGUCGGAGCUGUGGUCCUCAUUUCUGGUGCGGUGCUGCUGCUCUUCGGGGCCAUCGGGGCCUUCUACUUCUGGAAAGGGACGGACAAUCACAUUUACAAUGUUCAUUACACCAUGAGUAUCAAUGGGAAAUUACAAGAUGGGUCAAUGGAAAUAGAUGCUGGGAACAACUUGGAGACCUUUAAAAUGGGAAGUGGAGCUGAAGAAGCGAUUGAAGUUAAUGAUUUCCAGAACGGCAUCACUGGAGUCCGUUUUGCUGGAGGAGAGAAGUGCUACAUCAAAGCACAGGUGAAGGCUCGUGUCCCCGAGGUGGGCACUGCGACCAAGCAAAGCAUCUCUUCAGAACUGGAAGGCAAGAUCAUGCCAGUUAAAGAUGAAGAAAACUCUCUUAUCUGGGUGGCCAUGGACCAGCCUGUGAAGGACAACAGUUUCUUGAGUUCUAAAAUCCUUGAACUCUGCGGCAACCUCCCGAUUUUCUGGCUUAAGCCUAUGUAUCCAAAAGAAAAUUUUGCAGAAAUCCAAAGAGAGAGAAGAGACGUAGUAAGAAACACUGCCCCCUCUACCACAAGAAGACCACACAGUGAACCACGAGGCAACCCAGGACCCAGAAGACUGAAUAAUGAAACCAGGCCCAGUGUUCAGGACGACGAGGAACCUUUCAAUCCCGACAAUCCUUACCAUCAGCAGGAAGGAGAAAGCAUGACAUUUGACCCAAGACUGGAUCAUGAAGGAAUCUGCUGUAUAGAAUGCAGACGGAGCUACACCCACUGCCAGAAGAUCUGCGAGCCUCUGGGAGGCUACUAUCCAUGGCCUUAUAAUUAUCAAGGGUGUCGUUCGGCCUGCAGAGUCGUCAUGCCGUGUAGCUGGUGGGUUGCCCGAAUCUUGGGCAUGGUGUAAAACUACUUCAUCUGUCAGGUACUGUCAAGCAAGAAUUAACUUGAGAGUUGACAACCAAAGACGCAUAAAGCAUGUUCUUGCCAAGGGACCAUGAAGUAUUUUAUAUUCCACCUCAGCAAUAUUACCGUAAACAAUGCAGCAGAGCCUCUCAGCUGUGUGCAGAUGUACUGAAAGGGAAGUUUAAGCAUACAGUUACACAAUUAUUAUCCCUUUAUUAUUUGCUUUGCCAAUAAAGCCUAUUGCCAGUCUUUAAAAACUACUUUUGAAAUAAACAUGGAAAGUUA